CGGACUAGAGCAGGAGACGCGGGCUGACAGAGAGGGUAACCUGCCGAAGACGCCGCUGUGUGCUGUGUCUGAGCGGCGGUUCCCGGGGCGUGCUUCUCCGAUUAUCCCGUCCAUCCUCGCUCCCUCCUAGCCUGUAAAGAGGACGAGCACUUACCCAGGGAGGCAGGGGAAGCACUUUGGUCUCCCUACCAGUGCCAGGCUGAGUCACUGUCGAGGAGUGGGAAGAUCUAGAGAGAAAGAGAGAGAGAGAGCAUCACGAAGAGAAAAGCAACGGAAGGAGGGGAAAACCACUACACAACGCCUUUGAGAGCGAAGCGAGAGAGAGAAGGACGUAAAGAGAGAGCAGUGAGGGAGGGAGAGAGAGAGACGCUGAGGCUGGGAGAACUGACCCCCCUCCCCUCUCCUCCUUCCCCCCUCCUCACUCCUCCAGGAGCUGCUGUGCUGGAGCAGCGGGUACAGAGUGACUGAGGCAACAUGAGCGAUGUCACCGUCGUCAAGGAAGGCUGGGUCCAGAAGAGAGGUGAAUAUAUUAAGAAUUGGAGACCUCGCUACUUCCUGCUCAAAACAGACGGAUCCUUUAUCGGAUACAAGGAGAAGCCACAGGAUGCAGAUCUUCCCUAUCCUCUCAAUAACUUCUCUGUUGCAAAAUGCCAGCUGAUGAAAACUGAACGACCAAAGCCGAACACUUUUAUUAUUAGAUGCCUACAGUGGACUACAGUCAUAGAGAGGACCUUCCAUGUGGACACACCAGAGGAGAGGGAUGAGUGGGCAGAGGCGAUCCAGAUGGUGGCAGAUAAACUCCAAAGACAGGAAGAGGAGCGAAUCCAGUGUAGUCCCACCUCACAGAUAGACAACAUGGGAGAGGAGGAGAUGGACACGUCUAUCAGCCACCACAAACGCAAGACAAUGAAUGACUUUGACUACUUAAAAUUACUGGGAAAAGGCACUUUUGGAAAAGUCAUUCUCGUAAGGGAGAAGGCCAGCGGGAAAUAUUAUGCAAUGAAAAUUUUAAAGAAAGAAGUUAUUAUAGCAAAGGACGAAGUGGCCCACACGCUCACAGAAAGCAGAGUACUGAAAAACACCAGACAUCCUUUUUUAACCUCUUUGAAGUACUCGUUCCAAACAAAAGACCGCCUAUGCUUCGUGAUGGAGUAUGUCAAUGGAGGAGAGCUGUUUUUCCAUUUGUCGAGAGAACGGGUGUUCUCGGAGGACCGCACGCGCUUCUACGGCGCCGAGAUCGUUUCCGCCCUCGACUACCUGCACUCUGCCAAGAUUGUGUACCGGGAUCUCAAGCUGGAGAAUUUGAUGCUUGAUAAAGAUGGUCACAUCAAAAUUACAGACUUUGGCCUCUGCAAAGAAGGAAUCACUGAUGCUGCUACCAUGAAGACCUUCUGUGGGACGCCAGAGUAUUUGGCACCGGAGGUGCUGGAGGACAAUGAUUACGGCCGUGCGGUGGACUGGUGGGGUCUCGGGGUGGUCAUGUAUGAGAUGAUGUGUGGUCGACUGCCUUUCUACAAUCAGGACCACGAGAAGCUGUUUGAGCUCAUCCUGAUGGAGGACAUCAAGUUCCCCAGGACGCUCUCCGCUGAUGCCAAGUCCCUGCUGUCCGGCCUGCUCAUCAAAGAUCCCAACAAGAGACUUGGUGGAGGUCCGGAUGAUGCUAAGGAAAUUAUGCGACAUAGUUUCUUUACUGGAAUUGACUGGCAGGAUGUCUAUGAUAAAAAGCUGAUACCUCCCUUCAAGCCUCAGGUGUCGUCAGAGACAGAUACCAGAUAUUUUGACGAAGAGUUCACAGCUCAAACCAUUACAAUAACCCCUCCUGAAAAAUUUGAUGAAGAUGGGAUGGACUGCAUGGACAACGAGCGACGGCCACACUUCCCCCAGUUCUCCUACUCGGCCAGCGGGAGAGAAUGAGCGCCACACAGCCGACACUGCCUCAUCUUCAUCAAGAUUACCACUGGAACAAAUGAGCUCUUCAGCUUCUAACAGCCGCAGCCCUAUUGAACCGCCAUCGCCCAUCUUGGUUCUUUCAUUUCUUUAGCUUGACCAAGGGAAACUUUUAAUUUAGGAUGAUGGGAAUUUGCACGUCGGGUCGGAUCGAGGUCCAUCCGGCUCAAACGUCCUCACAGCUCCAGCCCAAAGGUUGGGUCAUGAUGGAAGAACUUCUGCUGUUUGUUAGGAGUUUUGUCUUCAUUGUGUUUCUCUCUUUGUUUUGAGAUGUUGCUUUACAUUCUUUACUAAUCGAGAACUAGUUUGAUCGGUUCAUUUUAGUUUGUAUAACUGCAUGGCUAGAGAUUCACUUGGGUUUUGCGAUUCCAUCUCUCGGGUACACGUAGUAUAACUACACAAAAUCAAUACAGUCUCAGCUGCUUUCGAUGUUACUCUUUAUAGGGUUCACCAAGUCAAAACUGCCAUAAACUGUUUACUCAGGCUUCACAGAGGAAGAAGGAUCUGUGUUCAACAGGACUAGCUUUACUCCUCAUCAUUCCACAAUUCAGUAUUCCUCCGUAUAAAGCCCUGUGAACCUGAGCUAUGCAGCGCAAUACUAUCACUAAAUUACAACAGGUCACUUAGUUUGACUGUGUAGUGUGUAUUCAGCAAAGACUUUAUUUCUUACAUAUCAUUCCCAUGAGAAAAGCGGCACGUUUGAAUGAUGUGGGAUUUGUAUGCAGCGAAAUAUGGCUGUAAUCAGACUAAAAUCCCUUAUUUUAGGAUCAGAAAGUCUUUCCACUCAGCCCUCAAUGGUGCAAUCGCAGUGUAAUGAAAAAAAGCCAGCAUUAAUGGAAAAAGUGGCACUAUUUUAUGUUUUAUAAUAAGGAUGAUUAAAAAAAGAAUAUAUAUUUGA